GUGCGAAUAUGUGGUCACACUACCUGCCCGCGUCAUUUUGCUUGGCGUUUUAGCGUCUGUGUCGGUAUUUGAAUUAAACGACGCGUUGUGCAAGAUUUCGCCCAAUGUUCCCGUUUCGCAUUUGUCUCAGUAUCUAGUUAUCCGCGUAUCGGUUUAGUUCAAGUGUCAAAAUCAUUAGUUUAAGUCGUUUGUAGUUGGCGUUGCCGCUUGCUUUUUUUUGUUUUCCUUUUUUUUUUUCGUUCGUCUGCGAUCCUGGCGUGUAAUUUUUUUUUUUUUGCAAUUUACAUUGCCUUUUUGCCAACAAAUACAGUUAUAAUUUAGCCAGAAUUAUACGCAGCGCGAAGCGGAAAGCGUGCUGGUGAUAUUGGUGAAGACUGAGAAUUGCAGCUGAGAUUGCAGCAUUUUCCAAAAGAAUUCCGUCCCUCGAUCCUUGACUUCUUACAUUCCUUUGCUUCGACAUGGACUUGCGUACCUGGAAGAAGGUUCUCCUGCAAUGGGUCAACGAGUGCAGCUUCAUCGAGAGCAACUACAUCACUCUGGAGCAGACCGACAUCGAGGGCUUCUUCACCGUCUACGUACAACAGGCCGAGGCCGAGACGGAAGUGGCCCAGGCCCUGCAGUCCCAGCUGGAGCAUCCAACCCAAUCCCCCGGCGGACGCAACACCCGACGACCCACUGCCCUCCAGGCUUUUAUCAAAGAAAUCUAUCCAGAGUUCACCCUACAUCUGGACAACUUUGGUCAUCUGGUUGGCUCCGACUAUCUGUAUGUCUACACCCUGCUGCUCCACUACACCUGCGUGAAGCGCCCCAGCGAAUUCUUCCACUCCAUUUGCAAGAAACUAUCCGAUGCGACACAGACCUGUGUCGCUUCGUUUUUUCAGCAAACGAUGGAUAGGCCACAACUUACCCGAGACUGUUUGCGACAAGCGAUAGCCAACGUUGCUUGUGUGAUACGAACGACACAGAAUUCCUCGGAAGUGCCAGGCGGUGGCGGUGGCGGUGGCGGUGGCGGUGGCGGUGGCGGUGGCGGUGGCAGUGGAGGGAAUCCGGGCAGUACGCCACGGGCACGACCACGUCGCUCCACACCAAACUCGCUGAGUCCCGACAGCGAUGGCAGCGACAACGGUAGCAGUCUGGGUGAUGACAUACACGCCGAUGACCCACACACAGAAGCGGCAGUGGGUCAAAUAUUAUCGGGUUCGUCCACGGUGGAGUCGCCAGGUCCGCCGGCCAGUACUCCUCUGCAUCGGGACCCGAAACGGGAGCAGAAGAGGCUGCGCGAACGGGCCCAAGCCCUGGCAACUAGCGGCGAUGGUGCGGAUAUGCAGGCUCCGCCCACGCCCAAAACAGAGCUCCUGGAGCAAAGAAACAAAGAACUGCUGGGACUACGUGCCCUCCUAGAAACGGAAAGAUACGAGAAGAAUGUGCUCGAGGAGCAGAUCAUGGAGAACGAGCAUCUCAUUAACUCAUUAGCCAAAGAGAACAAGGUGAAGAAGAUACAGCUGGCCAAGCUGAAGGCAGACCGGAACGAUGAGGAGGACGGGGAUAUGCGCAACUAUGUCCCGAAUGAGUUCGAUCAUCUGAAACGGAGUCUGAUGAAGGAGAUCACCCAGAAGGAGGCCCUAAUUGCGGAGACAUCGGAUAAGCUGCAGGAUUUGCGAACCGAAAAGGCCGAGGUGGACAACAAGCUGAAAAUGGCAUCCGAGCAAGUGGUGGUGUGCAUGGACCGGAUCCGCGAACUGGAGCUGCGGGCGGAGGAGGCCAACCAGCUGCUGGCCGCGAAGAACAGCACGAUCAGUGCCAUGGAGCGUGACAAGGAGGAACUGGAGCAGUGUCUGCAGGAGGCGCGUGAGGAGCUCCACAAUCGUCGUGAAGUCCUCAACGCCUCCUCAGAUCUGCUGAAUUGCUCCUUGUCGCCGAACACCACGCCGGAGAAUCUGGCCAGCUCGGUCAUAGACAAGCAGCUGCGGGAGCGAGAGCUGGAGAAUACCGAGCUGAGGGACGAGAUCCAAAAGAUGCAGAAGACCCUGCAGAAGCUAACCGAAGAUGUGGAGGAUACUCUGAAGCAGUUCUCCCUGAAGGAGGUCCAACCCGGUGGCUCCUUUGCCUCCCGCGUUCGAAGCGCCUUUGGCAUCAUGGAGACCGGCUAUGAGGAGGAGCUGGCCAAGGUCAAGGACAUGAAGGAGCAGAUGGAAGCGCAGAGCCAGAUGCAGGAGAAGCUAUUCGAGAGCAACAAGGCGAUGACUCUCCUCAUCGAGGAGCAGAAGUCGGAAAUAGGCAAGCUGAAGGGCCAGAACUCGGACUUGGAGAGGUCUUCGGCGGAAAUGAUUCAGAAAUACGAGAAGGAGCUGCAGGCCGUCAAGGAGCACUGCGAGCGGGAGCUGCAGGAGCAGAAGCACUGCCACGAGGCGAUCCAGCGGCACGACAAGGAGCUCAGGGAGAAGCUGGCGGAGGCGGACGACCACCUCGAGAAGAUGAAGCAGCAGCUGGUGGAGAAGGAGGAGCAGUUCGCCCAACUGGGCAGGAACCUGAAAGUGAUUUGCGAGAAGAACAAGGACCUGGAGUGUCGGGCUGCCCGGCUGCACAACCAACAGGAGCUGGUGCGGGCCAAGUACCUCCAAUGUCAGCAGCAACUGGUGGCCAAGACCACCGACAUCAGUCAGCUGGCCGAUAACCUGGACACCGCCGACUGGGACAGUACACUGGCCCGCAUCGACGAGGUGAUCGAAGCCAGGAACCGCUUGAUAGCCGAGAACAGUGCCCUGCAAUCGGAGCUUCUCCAGAACCGGGAACGCAUCCAAACGGCAGAGCAGCGCCUGAGCCAGUUCGAGGAGGUGGAACGUAGCCUGCAGGCGGAGAACACCGCUGUCAAGGAGCAGCACGCCGUUCUGAACGAGAUGCACACCACUAUGAACAUGGAGCACGUCGCCCUAAACGUGGAGCACGCCGCCGUGUCCAAGGAGCUCGCCGCUCUGAAGGAGGAGCUGCAAGAGGCCAAUGAACGCUAUGCGACGAUGCGUCAGCGCAACCACGACUUCAUCAACCAGGUCAACGAAGAUCUCACCCGGCGGGAGCUGGCCCUGAAGCAGGAGUUCCGCGACCAGGAGGACGAGAUGGCCAAGCGCUUGCGUCGGGCCUUCCAGCGGGCGGACGACUUCUUGCAUCGCAUCACGGACCUGGUGACCAUCGACCUGCCACCCCGCACGGAUCGCUCCACUUUGGACUCUCUAGCUGCCGAGGAGGAGGUCUGGAGCUCGGAGCUGACCCAGGCAGAGAACCUGCUAACGGCGGAGAUCUGCGAGCGGUCCAAGCAGUUGGCCGAUCUGCGGACGGAGACGGAUCAGCUGGCUCGGGAUCAGGAGAAGCGGAUGGAGCUCAUCGGUUCGCUGAACAACUGCAUCAAGGAGCUGCGCUCCUCCCUGGAGCAGAAGCAGCGGGAAGUGGCCGAGGCACAGGCCCAGCUGGCCACUGCCGUUCUGACGGAUGAGGAUUCGUUGGCGGCUCUGAAGUCGCGACUGGACCUGGACUCGUCGGACGACGUCAUCGGCAACUGCCUGAUCCACAUCCAGCAGAUGGACGACAGUCGUCAGUUCCUGGAGGCGGACAACGAGCGCCUGACCCGAGCCAGGCACAAGCUGGAGGAGGAAGUGCAGCAACUGCACGACCAGAUCGCCGCCGACCAGACCGCUCACAUAAUGAAGCGCCUGAACGGCUCCAUCCAGAAUCUGGAGCAGGUGAACGAGAAGCUCAGCACCGACUACGCCAAGCUGCAGCUCCUCCACUCCGACAUGGAGCACUCCCUCACCCAGGCCGAAUUGAAGGUGGAGUCCAUGACCACCCAUCUGACGAACACCAGGGACAAGAUUGCCAAGCUGGAGGAAGGCAAUGGGCUGAAGGCUCUGCGCAUCACCGAGCUGGAGAAGCAGCUGAAGGACCUGGUCAUUGAGGUCAAGAUAAGGGAGGCCAAGGCGGUCAAGAUGGAGGAUCUGUAUGUUAUGAAGAUGAAGUCCGUGAAGGACGACCUGCAGGAGCAGGUGCGGGAGAAGGUGACCGCGCUGGAGGAGCAUCAUAAGAUGAAGAUGAAGUCUGCCGAGCUGGAGAAGGAGGUUCAGAUUAAGGAGCUGGAGGUUCAGCUGUCGGAGCAGCAAGAGAAGCUCUCGGAGAAGCAGCAGAAGCUAUCGGAGCAGCAGGAGAAGCUAUCGGAGCAGGAGGAGAAGCUGUCGGAGAAGGUGCAGAAGUUAUCCGAGCAGGAAACGAAGCUAUCCGAGCAGGAACAGAAGCUAUCGGAGCAGGAACAGAAGCUAUCCCAGCAGGAGAAGAAAAUCUCGGAGCAAGAGGAGCAGCUCAUCCGCAAGGAGGAGAAGCAUCUCGAAGAGAUCAAGAACAUGAAGGCCGACUGUUCCGGUUCGAUCCACCAGCUGGAGAAGGAGCACUGGAAGCAGGUGCAGGGCCUGCAGGAGGAGCUGGCCGAGACGAACCGCGAGAUGUGCAAACAGUUGUCGGAUCAUGCCCAGGAGAUGCGCCAGCUCCAGCAGAAGGCAGUGGACAUCCAUCGCCUGGAGGAGCUGAAGACCGCCAAUGCCGAGAUGGUGGCAGAACGGAAGGACAUGGAGGUGCAGCUGAAGCAGCUGGAGGAGGAGAUGAAGCGGGAGAAGCAGCUGGCCCAGCAGGAGAUCGACCAGUUGAAGGCCAGGCUGCGGGAGUCCGAGGAGCAAAUGGAUGCUCUGGUGCUGGACCUGGAGCAGUCGAAGCGCCUGGCCAAGGAGGAGAGCGAGAGGCUGGCCCAGGAGAUCCAGAAGCAGGCCGCGGAGCUUAAGGAAGCCACCAAGCAGGCCAAGCUGGCCCAGGAGGAGCUAGUGAUGACCAAGCUGGUACUCCAGGAGCAAGGGGCAUCCCGGAAGGAGGAGGUCGAUGGACUGCUAGCCGAGCUGGUGGAGCUUCGAGAGAAGGCGCAGGAGGAGGAGGACUCGAAGGACGCUGAAAAGCUGGAGAUCGAGGCUCUCAAGGAGGCCCUGUCCCUCUCCAAGGAUCAGGCCAAGGAGGAGAUCGCCAAGUUCAAGGAGCAGCAGGCUCAAGCCCACAGCCAUGCCGCGGACGCCAAGAACCGGGAGCACCAUCUGGCCCAGCGGGAGAUCGGCAAGCUGACCAAGCAACUGAGCCAGGCCCACAGCCGGUUGGAGGAAGCGAAGAGCCAGGAGCAGGAGAAGAUCGCCGCGCUCCAGCAGGAACUGGCCGAAACCCAGGAGGCCACCAAGGAGAAGAUCGCCGCGCUUCAGCAGGAACUGGCCGAAACCCAGGAGGCCACCAAGGAGAAGAUCGAGGAGGUCAGGAAGCAGGCCACCAUGAGCGAGGAGCACCAGAAGGCGCUGCAAGAGAUCGAGGUUCUCAGAGAGAAACUGUCCCACGCCCUGGCCGAUAUGGAGAAGCAAGUGAAGGCGCUAACCGAGGCCAGGAAGAAUGAGGAGCAGACAUUCCAGGAGGAGAAGGAGCGGCUCAAGGAGGAGCUGGCCAAGGCCGAGGAGCUGGUCAGAAAGGCGGAGAACUGCACCCAGCAGGAGCGACAGCAGGCCCAGGAGGAGAUCCUGACACUGAAGGAGCAGCUGUGCGCCGCCCUGAAGGAGAACGGGAACGAGAAGGCCAAGGGCCUGGAGGAGAUCGAGCGGCUCACAGGGCAGCUGAGGGAGGCCCAGCAGAGUGUCCAGGAGCAGAUGAGGCUACUGGCCGAGACGAAGAGCCAGACCGAGCAGCUGGCGAAGGCGGCCAGCGAGAACUUCGAGGAGCAGCUGCGCCUCGAGAGCCGGAAGCUGGAGGAGGAGCGUCUGAACUCCAACCAGCUGAGCGCCGAUCUUCGGAAGCAGGAGCAGGAGCUGCGACGCCUCCGGGGCCAGCUCACCACGCAGACGACGCGCGUCGAGAAGGACUCUGUGGCCCUCGAGGAGUCCCAGGCGGAGGCUAAGCGGUUGCAGGAGGAACUCGGCCAGGCCAAGGCCGUCCAGGAGGAGCAGUCGGCGAUGAUAGAGAUGUUGAAGCGCGAUAAGGAGGCAGUGCUGCGGGAAAUUCACUUGGUAAAGGAGCGAACCCAAGGGGCGGAUCGCGAACAUCAAGUGGCGGUGGCUACACUUGAGGAUCAGUUGGAGACACUUGAGAAGCUUCGCGUCCAGGCCGAGAUCGAGCGAUCCGCCGCCCAUGAACGCAUUACCAAGCUGGAGGCUAUGCGCGAGUCCCAGGAGCGUGAGGUGCGCGACCUCAACGCCCAGUUGGCGGAUGCCGAGCAGGAGAAGGUGCGCCUCAACCUGGAGAUCGGUGGCCUCAACUCUGAGAUCGGCCAGUGCCGCCAGACUCUCGCCAAGCAGGCCGAUGACAUCGUCGUCCUCCAGCAGAGCAUCGAGACCGUCCAGCUGGAGCGCCAACGCGAACGGGAGCAGCUGGCCCAGCUCCAGGAGAGGCUCAACGAGGUGCAGCAGGAGCUGGAUGGCAAUCGACUCGUCCACGAUGCCCUGCACUUCGAGCUGGAGGAGAAGACCCGGGAACUGGAGCAGGAGCAGGGCGAGUGCACGGAGCGUGUCCAGCGCUAUGUCUGCCGCGUCGAGGAGCUGGAACGAGAGCUCGCCGACAGCCAGAACCAGGUGCAGAUGCUGCAGAACCGCAACCCCAGUCCCACCGCCGAUCUGGGCGCCACCUACAGCAAGUCGGAUGCCCCACCGGCGGAUGCCGAUGCCCAGGCCCAGGGUGAUCUGCUGCGACAGAGCGAGGCGAGGAACAACAAGCUGGAGCUGGACUGCCAGAUCCUGCAGGCCAAGUACCGGGAGGCCAAGGAGGAGAUCCAACGAUGCGAGCAGAAGAUCAAGGACCAGCGCCUGGAGAUGGAGGGCAAGCUGGACAAGAUGAAGAACAAGAUGCGAUCCCUGUACACGGCGGAAGUGACUCGCAUGAAGGAGAAGCAGGAGCGGGAUGCGGCAGGAAAUAAGGCGGAGCUGGAGGCUCUCACAGCGCAGAAUGCAAAGUAUGAGGAACACACUCGAAAGCUAUCGAACCAAAUUGUCCGCCUUAACGAGAAGAUCCUGGAACAGCAGAAGCAACACGCCAUCACCAGCACCAAACUGAGACACCUACAGAUGCAGCCAGUCGGCGAGCCACUCAAGCCGACGCCACCAACAGCCUCCAUCGGCUCCACCGCGGCGAGCAGCGACGACUGGCAGCCCUUCAAGCGACCCAGUGCCCCGUCCUCGAACCUGGCCAUGGAGGAUGAGGAGGGCGAGGUCUUCAACAACACCUAUCUGACGGAUCUCAAGCUUGGCCGUGUUCCAGAUGUGAUAACGGCCGAGGAGCUCAACUAUCGCAACUCCCUGCAGCCGCCGCAUCUGAAGAGCGCCUAUGCGGCGCAGUACGAUCUGGGCAGUCAUGACGAGGAAUUUAAAGACGGACCGCACAGCCUGGACGACAGCAUGAGCGCCCUGCUGAGCUCCUCGACGAGCCAUGGCACGAGGAAGAAGUCGAUGGGCACCCAUUACAAGCGACCAGGACCACCCACGCCCAGCAAGCAUGGCGGUCGGCUGUCCUUCGGCAGUUCGGAGCCACCGCGUGAGAUUCUGCGCGAAUGUGGCGACCACAACAAUGGCUCCUCCAAGACUCCCGCGCGCUUCAAGUUCCUAUCCUCGCGCUUCAGCGUGGGCAGCAGCGGCCUGCCACGGGACGAGCUGCCGCGUCGCAAGCGGCCGAAUCUGCUGACCGGAAUGCAGCGCCGUCGGCUCCAGCGUCAGGUGGACAGUGUCUUCUGUACGUCGACGCCCCGCAAGAGUCGCUCCUACUACGAUCAGCAGCGUCUGAUCCGCGUCAGUGAUGCGGCCACCCCAGACGCCGGGGAGGAUGAGUCUGAGGCGGAGCAGCUGGAUACGGUGGAUGUGCCAGAGCCAGAGUCGGAGGCGGAGCUGCCUAAUGCCGGAAAUGACGAUCAGGGAACGCCACACUUGUCCAAUGGUGCGCUGUUUGCCAUCACAAAGGGCCACACCCGCCGGAUCACCGGUCACGUGGCCGCCCAGCGGCGUAAGGGUCGUGUAUCCUUGUGCCUGCACGGCAACAUCUUCGCCAAAUCCCGUCCGGCAGGUGGAACUAAGAUAAGCGCUUCUUCCAUGGCGGGCAAGAUGAUGCAGCAGCGCCGGAAACUGCGCCAAGAUCGAGUGGGACGAUUCGAUCAGGGACGCCACCUGGAAGAUGUUCGGCUCUCCGGGAAUCUCACCUAUUCGGUGGUCAAGACCCAGGACAAUAAUAACUAUAGCCUGCACAACCGGAACGAGGAGCAGUCGCCCCAGGUCGUGGAGAAGAGUCCGCCACCGGUGGCCACAACUUUCCUGGUGGAUACUGCCGCGAGGGCGGAAAAGCAAGAGGAUGAGGGUCAAGACCGUAGUGCCACCUGGCAGCUGAGGCAACAGUUCGAGAUGGAGAAUCUCGCCAACUGGCAGAGCUUCUCGGAGGACAACUCCCCCGGUCUCUUCGAGCAGUUGUGCAAAGACACGGCCUCCACGGCGCCAUUCCAGCUACACCCGCUGGUCUACCAGGAUCAGGCGUUGGAGAUGCCAGUCCUGCCCAGAAGCAGCAGCAGUGUCACGGAGGCCAGCUGCUCCACCACCCAGACGAACGUGACCAGUGGUGCUAGUGUGGCUAGUGCUGCCAGUACCCUGAGUGCCGUCUCCUCUCGCAAAUCCUGCACCGUCUUCUCGCUGAGCAGCUUCCAUGUGCAGCCACUGCCCCAUGUCAAUGUCACCUACGUCCAAAGGACAAACUCGCGGAUGCAGCCGGUUCGCGACCAUUCGCUGCGGGACCAGUGCUGGCGGUUCUUGGGCCAGCUGGGUCCCGGUAAGCGACUGGUCGUGAUCGUGGCCCUUCUGUCGAUAGUGGUCCUUUGCUCGCAAUGGGCGGAUAGGAUGGUCCUGACGAUCAGCGCCCUGUUGGCGGGAAUGGUUCUGCUCAUGGUCAUCAUGCCGGGACGUCACUAGUUUCUCACAAUCAAAGCCAAAUCCCAGGAUAAUCUCACACAGCUUUCAUCACACAGUGUUCCUUAUGUAUUCCAUUCCAUAUUUUGUUUUCUUCUUUCGAAUUCACAGAAUUCUCCUCCAAAGCGACGACUCAGCAACAUGUUCAAGCGCAAGUAGAGACGCCUCCAGUCGAGUAGUAGUAUCACCCCAAUCUUGUACAGCAACUGGACCUCACCAUCGUUUUCCUACCAAACUAAAUUUAAAUAAAUUUAAAACAUUGGAAUUCGACCUUUUUUUUUGUUUGAACCUUAAAUGUAUGAAAAUAUUUUUGUGCCCGAAUGCAAGUUAAAUCUAUAAAUGGGCUACAAGUUAAAAAAUAACUAAAUUUAUGUAAAUAUAUGUACUUAAAACUUA